AUUAGAUUCAGGUGUUCCAAUCACCUCCAUGGCCACAGGUGUAUAAAAUCAAGCACCUCUAGGCAUGCAGACUGCUUCUACAAACAUUUGUGAAAGGAUGAGUUGCUCUCAAGAGCUCAGUGAAUUAAAGCAUGGCAUCGUGAUAGGUUGCCACCUCUGCAAUAAGUCCAUCUGUGAAAUUUCCUUGUUACUAAAUAUUCCACGGUCAACUGUUAGUAGUACUAUAAUAAAGUGGAAGCAACUGGGAACAACAGAAAAUCAGCCACGAAGUGGUAGGCCACGUAAAAUGAGUGGGGUGAGUGCAUGCUGAAACACACAGUGUGCAGAAGUUGCCAACUGUCUGCAGAGUCAGUAACUAAAGACCUCCAAAUUUCUUGUGGCCUCCAGAUUAGUACAACAGUAGUGCGUAGAGAGAUUCAUGGAAUGGGUUUCCAUGGCUGAGCAGCUGCAUCCAAGUCUUACAUUGCCAAGUGCAAUGCAAAGCAUCAGAUGCAGUGGUGUAACGCACGCUACCACUGG